ACGAGACCACAACAUGCACCCGUGCCUUGUGGCUGCGGGCCCUUGCAGCAGAGGCACCACGCAACGCAAGGCCCUGCCACGCACAGCACAAAACGGAAGAGAGAGCGGAGGAGAGAGACAGAGAGAACGAGAGAGAAAUCGGAAGAGAGAGAAAAAGGAGAGACAGCAGCACCGGUGGUACUCAUCAGCGGCAGCAGCUACCUCGGAGCGCAGCCCCCACCAGCCACCGCUCCUCACGUUCGCAUCACAGCCGCGUCUCCCCGCGCGCUGGGCUCUACUGGUGCUCGCUCGCUGAGUCGCUGGCCGCGGCCGGCGUCGGAGCCAGUUCAGCUCCAGCCGAUUCGACCGUGGGAGCUGUUGUUGCUGCCGCCAGGAGGGGUCUCCGCUGGGGCGCGGUGCUACUCGCCGGUACUCUCCGGCGCUCCGGCAAGAGCCGCAGCUGGGCGUGGUCGCCACCAGGAGGCAGGAGAGGCCGCACACUGGGAAGCGAAGCGCGCCGCCGCCUGGAGUUCGCGGCAGGAUAAGGCGUGCAAACGGUUUCGCGGGAGGAAUCGGCGUGCGAUGGGAUAAGCGUUACUAGCAAAGACCUUCAAAAGACACAACGGUGUCCGGUAAUAAAUUUUCCCAAGUUCCAAACGCAACCUACCAACCCAUAAGCAUGGAGGCGGCGAGGAAGACGGUGUGCGUGACCGGUGCGGGCGGCUUCGUGGCGUCGUGGCUCGUGAAGCUCCUCCUGUCCUGGGGCCAGUACGUGGUCCGUGGCACCGUGCGCGACCCUGGUGCUAGCAAGAAUGCUCAUCUCAAGUCGUUGGACGGUGCUGGGGAAAGGUUGCAGCUUCUCAAAGCUGAUUUGUUGGACUACAACAGCGUUGCAUCAGCAGUUGCUGGCUGUGAGGGUGUCUUCCAUGUAGCUAGCCCUGUUCCCUCUGGUCGAUCCUCCAACCCCGAGGUGGAGGUCAUAGGUCCUGCUGUCACAGGUACUGCCAAUGUGUUAAAGGCUUGCUACGAGGCAAAAGUUGGUCGAGUUGUGGUGGUGUCUUCUGUUGCAGCUGUGUCCAAUAAUCCUAACUGGCCUAAGGGCAAGGCUUUUGAUGAAGACAGCUGGUCAGAUGAGGAGUACUGCAGGAAGAAUGAGGAUUGGUAUAACCUUUCCAAAACUCUGGCAGAACGUGAGGCCUUUGCUUAUGCAGAAAAAACGGGGCUGGAUGUUGUAACUAUUUGCCCCUCAUUGGUACUUGGACCCUUGAUGCAGUCUACAAUAAAUGCAAGCAGUAAAAUCCUCCUUAAUUAUUUGAAAGGGGAUCGUGACACCGUUGAAAAUAGACUCAGAAAUAUUGUGGAUGUUCGCGACGUUACUGAUGCUCUUCUUCUGGCAUAUGAAAAACCAGAGGCAUCUGGACGAUACAUCUGCAGUUCACAUCCAAUAAAAGUUUCUGAUAUGAUAAUCAUAUUGAAGAACUUAUAUCCAACUUACCCUUAUCCCAAAGACUUUGUGGAAGUGGAAGGGAAUUUUGUAAUCAAUUCGGAGAAACUUCAGAAGCUAGGAUGGACCUUCAGGCCUAUAGAGGAAACCCUCCGUGACUGUGUUGAAUCCUACAAAACAUUUGGCUUCCUGAAUUGAGCAUCCAAGUGGGGCUGUUCUCGUCUGUUGUUACCUCCAAACUCUUGCUAAAUAAUGAAAUUUAGCGACAGUGAAUAAGCAGGUCCAACAGCUCAAUCCCUCUCUAAUUCAUGUAAGCAGCGAACAGAACGUUUUUGUUGUAACGGAUUGAAUAAGGGAAUCAUGAGGGGAAGCAAUGUGUUUUUCA